ACCUGAGAAGGAUAAACCAUGAGCAUCAUGAAGCAUCUGGGUCACUUUGCUGCCUUGUUCCUCUGCCUUCUAGAGGUCCUGAUCACACCAGGUCUAGCAUUUCAAGUUCUUCAGCCUAGACGAAUCCUUGUAGACAGUCACAAUGUCACUCUCGAGUGUGAGUACAACAUCAUUGGAGAUGGACCUCCUGGGCAGAUCGGGAUCGCCAUUUAUAAAGGUGAACUCAAGGCUGACACUGAGAUCUGUGCUAUGUCCUUCAAUACCACUGUGAAUCAUUUUGAGAGGAAAACAGCUCCAAACUGUCUGGGACAAUCCCGGAACGGCAGUGUCUCAGUAACACUCAGUGGGCUAAACACAUCUGAUAGUGACUUAUAUAUUUGCCACAUGGAGAAAAUACAUCCACCUCCCUACAUCGAGAGCAAAGGAAAUGGGACUUGUAUUUUCAUCACUCCAGAGAUGCCUGAGAUAAAGGCAUGCCAACAAUUCACUCAAUCCUUUAUGAUUGUAUUGGUCAUCGCUGCACUCUUCAUGUUCUACAGUAUCUUCAUUACCUGCAUACACUGGCCUCUUGGUACCACCGCUUGUAUUCUCAGGAUGAAGGAGGCAGUUGACAUGAAAUGUGAACUGAUUCACAAUUCUGACGAGCCCGCUACUGCUACGUGGACUGGCCAGCGCUGGGAGACGGGCCCAAGGCAAGAAGUUGAUAAAGAACCGAGAAGAACAGAGCAAUGAAUAUGUGAACAUGGAACCUCCUAAGCACAGCUCUGGAAGAAGGCGAGGGAACCACGUGGGAUACCGCAUGUAACACAAAGUCAUGUAUCAAACUCACUGGGAGGUGCAACUGAGGCCUUUCCUGAAGACAUCUGAGCAAAUCCUGGAAGAUUCCUGAAAGAGCUUCACCUUCUUCAUCUUUUCCACAUCCCUCAUUGAGUUGAUGUAAAAGCCACUGACUUGCGUGUUACUUGAAUUCUCUCCAAUGUUUGUUGAAGGUGGCAGGGUUGUGCAGUUCAGAAACACAGACACCACAAGGUUAUUUUCACAUAACAGAGAAAAUUGGAGUUGAUCCAAUCCUCCCAGAGACCCAGGCCUCAUAGAACUAUCUUUCACAUCCAACACCACUCUACAUUAUAUUCUCUUAGAUCAAAAGUUUUAAAAGUAACGCAGGAAUAGGAACCCAGUCAUUAAGGCUGACUUUCCCAAUUUCAUGGACAUAUGUUUCAUUCCUUUCUUGAUUCCCCUUAUCCAUAGACCCUCGCCACCUUCCCAAUACACCAUAUGUGACUCCAUCGGUUGAGAAUAUCCCUUGAUCUCUACACCCUUGUUUCCUCUUUCCUUAUCUGUCUCUCUUUCUCUACUUGCCCCUCUUUUUCUCUCUUUCCCUUCCUUUUCCUUCAGUCCCUUUCACUCUCACUCAUCAGUCUCCUGAAGGGGAGGCCAUACAGAGACAAAACAGACAGAUAUAGUCAGACACUGCGAGACACAGCCAGCAACAUGUGAAGACACAAUAAGCACCAGAGUGAAGUUUACUUGAGUUGAUAUUCAAGCAAUAUUAAUGUAGCCGAUCAAAUCAUUGCUACCAUUAUUUGUGCCUGUGGGUUUGUGCAUCUAUAUUUGCAUGUGUAUCUGCAUCUGUGCUGUGUCCCUGUGUGUGUGUGUGUGUGUGUGUGUGUGUGUGUGUGUGUUUGUGUGUGUGUGUGUGUGUGUGUGUAUGUGUGUGUGUAUAUGUAUGUGUGUGUUUGUGCGCGCGCAUCUUUAUGCUUGUGUGUCUGUCUGUGUUUCUCUCUCUCUCUCUCUCUUUGUGUAUGUGUCUGUGUAUGUUCACAUUCUCAGUUCCUUCUUCCUGAGAACUCAUAGGAAUGUCAACACAAGUGUUAUAUGGAUAUACCUGUGUGUUCGCAUGUGAAAAGCCUUACAAAUCCCAAAACUGUUUUAAAAUUUCUUCUAAACAUUAAAAAUCUAGAAGUUAUUACCAUCCUGUGAGACAGGAAUGCUGAAGUAGUAUCUUUAAAUGUUUAUGUAAACAAUCGACUAUUUAUAUCAGGUUAUUACUGGAUUUAUAUCUGCAUUUCCACUAUCUCAAACUCUGUGCCACCCAAACAUUGAGGCUGAGUGGCUCACCGAACUGGUUUGUUGCUCCGCAGAUGUUUCAUUACCCUGCUGGGUAACAUCAUCAGAAAAAAAACCUUAGAUACCCAAACAUUGCUGUACAAAAUGGAGCACCAACCAGGUCCUGGCUCUUCAACAUGUCACAUAUAAACAUACAAAUCUGCACAGCUGAUGGCACAGACCGGAUGAUCCAUCUGCCUGCUCACACUAACAGGCUGUGCAGAGGGAAGUUGCUCACAUAAACAAAGGUGGUCCUUGGUAAGAAGUCCUGACAGAAGGUCACUUCAGCAUUGCCUCAGAGUGCACAGAGACUGGACCACAGCAGGUACAGAUUCAAGCACCAGCUCCAGUUACACUCAAACCUUGAAUGAAUGUUCAGAGACACAUGAACUCAAUCCCACAAGGUUGUUGCCUGGCAUUAUUACAAAUUGCUUGCUUUUUCCUUCAGUAGGUACAUUUAGUCUGAUGUCAACAAUGAACAUGCUUGUUUGAUAAUUGCUAGUUAUAGGCAUCUGUUCUUCAAUCAAUUGUCACAUUGAACUCAUACUGCCCGCUUUGUGAAU